UUCGCAAUGGAACUAUAAUGGUUUAUGGACGCAUCUUUAGCGUACUGUCUGACUGAAUUUAACGAUCAGAAGUCAUUGAACCGUGUUCCUUUUACGGCUAGCGUUCGAUUUAGUAUGUGUAGUACCUGAAUAUAAUUUAUGCAUGCACGAUUUUCAGGAAAACUAAAUAUUUUUAGACUCCAUAAAAUAUAUUUUACUAACUUUAGUUAACUAGAUUAGACUGAUUAUUUUGAUUUAUUUGUGUAAGAUCUCUUUUUUGGAUGCAGGUUUAUAGGUGUUUGUAAGUAGAAGUAAAUUACAGUUUUAUAUUCGUAUAGAUAUCGACGCCACUUGCUACUUUCAAGUGGAUAAAAAAAAAUGACAUCCGAAUGUUUAACAUUUUUUUUUGUAAUGGAAGCUAGGACAUCCUAAUCCGAUUAUAAAUUAUAACCAAAUUAUCAGCUGACAUGCAUUCAUAAUCGAAAUAUACGUCGCCGGUCGGUCGCACACGCGCCGGCGAAAUAAAUCACAAUCGCAUCUCAGAACAAUGCUCGCUCCACCGAGAGAUGAGAGGGGUGCGCACCCCAGCUGCGUACAGCGAUCGAUCUGUGGACCACACUCCUCUCCGCCACUACUCGGCACAGUCUGUCAAAGCGGCUCGAACAUCAAACGUCCCAGACACCGUCCCGGCUAACAAUUAUUAUACAGCGUUUUUAAAUAGUGUUAUGUGUUAAUUUUUAUUUUUUAAACAAUGGAGGGGCGGAGGUCUUGGGAUGGUGUGCCGCUGGGCGAGUCGCACUCUCCGCCACAAUCGGUGCCGGGCCGCAGGACGCCGCUGGGAGCCGUGGGCCUGGGCGGCUUCUACAUGCAGGGCGGCCAGCCUCCGCCACCUCCACAGCACUGCUACCCCAGCGAUGAGAACCAGCCAGAACCCGGUACAAGCUAUGGACAAAGACCUCUCAACGAAUCAAAAUCAAAACAGAAGAUGCGGCAAGGGAAGAACGUCCGCCUCAACAUCAACGCGAGGGAAAGGCGACGAAUGCACGAUCUGAAUGAUGCUUUGGACGAGUUGCGUGGAGUGAUUCCUUAUGCUCACUCGCCAUCUGUUCGUAAACUGUCAAAGAUUGCGACGUUACUGCUGGCCAAGAACUACAUUCUGAUGCAGGCCAGCGCGUUGGAGGAACUCAGAAGGUUGGUAGCAUACCUACAGAGCACGGCUACAGCAGCAGGUAUAGUUGCUCCUCCAGGUUUCGACCUGACCGGGUUCCCAGCCGCCGCGAAGCUCCUGCAAGGGCCCGUGCCUGGCCCUCCGCCACCACCAGAGCCACCAUCUUGAGACAUGCCCGUCAAACUAGAACCCUAGGUCACUAGGGUACUAGCACUUUAACAGUCCACAUUAUGCACUAAUCAUCAUGUAUUUUGUGGACUGCGCGCUACUUUUCUUUAUUAAGUACAUAGGUUUAAAAUAAAACUAAGUAGUGUUAAGAUUAAUAGAUCUCUUUAUGUCGUAGGAAUGUAAAUAAUCGUAUUGAAAAAUAUUUUUAUUUUUAUUUGUGAUAUCGUCAGUGGAUAUGAAAACUGAAAUAUAACUUAUUAGUACUAUUUUGUCUUUAAUCAUGACCCGUACGUAACAACUACCUAUAUAUAAUUUAAAAACGUAACUAUUUAUUAUUAUUUAUUCAAACAAUAAAUUUAUUGCUUAGCUACUAUUUCUUGAAAAAAAAAUAGACGAAUAAUUAUGGCAUGUAUUGUAUGGAUAAUCAUGUUUAGCAGUCUAUGCAGGCAAUUAAUUUAAUCUUAAAAUGUAUUUCCCAAUAAACUAAAAGUAGCAUCAGCAUUACGGGUAUUCCCGUAGCAGAAUAAACACAAUAUAAAUGUUUAAGUAGUUGUUAUUUUAGGGUUAAUGGUGUUAGAUAUAGAAUAAUUUACGAACGACAUAAAAUCCAAGCUGUUCUUAAUUAAUCCUUAUAAAUAUUAGUGUUACUUCAAAGUUAUCAUAAACGCCAGAUAUGUUUGUAUUUUUAUA